AUGCAUUCAUUUGUUAACAUAGCGCCUCUGAUUACCCAAGAAACCCAUCACAGUGAUCAAUGUCUCACUCCUGUUUCGGGAGCCGAGAGUGCAUCCCAAAUCAAUGCAGCAACUGUGUUAUGCAGUUUUUCACACACGAGACGGCAGUCUUUUGUCGCAGUUCCAACGGUCCACAAUGACCCAGAUAGCAGAACACAAUGGGAGAAAGAAUCAUACCAUUCAUCCUCUCCCGAAUCAUCACUGGAUGUAGUGUCUACUUGUAUAAGAUCGCAACGAGGAGCAUUCUCGGCUAUUCUGAUGUUAAGCGAUGACGAUGAAAGUGACUCUUGCUAUGAAACAUUGCAUGCACUGGCCCAAUCACAGCAAAGCGCUGAUGCAAAUGUGUUUUGGUCUACCACUACAGCCAAAAUUGUUGAUGCCAUUAGAAAAGCCUCACACUCUACAGCAUCGGAUCUUGUACCAAAAGUAUCUUCUCGCAAGACUAAUGCAGAGGUAGGAGCAGAUCCCAUUCAUGACUAUGAAGACAUGGUUGAACUGGAAUCUCCCAGAAAGACUUUUCAUGUUAAGCCACAGUUGCAAAUACAUCGAGAAAGGAAUGGUGUCUACUGA